AUUCUGAUUACUUGAAAGAAAGCAUCAAGCGUAAAAUUAAUUAUUGGCUUGGUAAAAUAAAGGAAAUAAAAGAUUCAGACAAAAUUAAAAAGCAAGAAGAAAUUAGGUAUUGGCUUGAUAAAAUAAAAAAUUAUGUAAACGAUAUUAUAAGACACAAAAUUCUUUAUUGGCUUGAUGAUUUGAAAGACUUAGUAGACAAAUUUAAAUGGCAUAAUGACAUAAAAGAUUCGAAAAAUGACGAAUAUAUCAAACAAAUUACGAAAAAGGCAGAAACAUUUAAACAACAAAUUACUUAUUGGCUUGAUAAAAUAAAAGGUUUUAAAGAUGAAGAUGAAAUUAAAAGACCAAUUAUUUAUUGGCUUGAUAAAU